ACACCGGCCUCGUGACUCUACAAGUUGCCUUCAACAACCAGAUCAUCUCCAACUCAGUGGUCUUCGAGUACAAAGCCCGCGCUCUGCCCACGCUCCCUUCCUCCCAGCAUGACUGGCUGUCACUGGACGAUAACCAGUUCAGGAUGUCCAUCCUAGAACGCCUGGAGCAGAUGGAGAGGAGGAUGGCCGAGAUGACGGGGUCGCAGCAGCACAAGCCCGGAGGCGGCGGAGGCAGCAGUGGAGGGGGCGCCGGGAGCGGGAGCGGCGGAGGUCAAGCUCAGUGCGCCUCUGGCCCCGGGACCUUGGGGAGCUGCUUUGAGAGCCGCGUGGUUGUCGUCUGCGAGAAGAUGAUGAGCCGGGCCUGCUGGGCCAAGUCCAAGCAUCUGAUCCACUCGAAGACGUUCCGUGGGAUGACCCUCUUACACCUGGCUGCUGCCCAGGGUUACGCCACCCUCAUCCAGACCCUCAUCAAAUGGCGCACGAAGCACGCAGAUAGCAUCGAUCUGGAGCUGGAGGUCGACCCCUUGAAUGUGGACCACUUCUCCUGUACCCCUCUGAUGUGGGCGUGUGCCCUAGGGCACGUAGAAGCCGCUGUCGUGCUCUACAAGUGGGACCGCCGGGCCAUCUCUAUCCCUGACUCUCUAGGAAGGCUGCCUUUGGGGAUUGCCAGGUCAAGGGGUCAUGUGAAAUUAGCAGAAUGUCUGGAGCACCUGCAGAGAGAUGAGCAGGCUCAGCUGGGCCAGAGCCCCAGAAUCCACUGUCCUCCAAGCGAAGAGCCUGCUACAGAUAGCUGGAUGACCCAGUGGCACAGUGAAGCCAUCGACUCUCCAGAAAUACCGAAAGGAGUCACCGUUAUUGCAAGUACCAAUCCAGAGCUGAGAAGACCUCGGUCUGAACCCUCUAAUUACUACAGCAGUGAGAGCCACAAAGAUUAUCCAGCUCCCAAAAAGCAUAAAUUGAACCCUGAGUACUUCCAGGCAAGGCAGGAGAAGCUGCUUUCCACUGCACUGAGUCUGGAACAGCCAAAUCUCAGGAAGCAGAGCCCUAGUUCUAAGCAGUCUGUCCCAGAGGCAGUGAGCCCCAGUGAAGGAGUGAGGGACCACAGCCGGGAGCUCUCCCCUCCCGCUCCAGAGCCUGCAGGAGGCCAAGCCUCUGGAUCCCGGCCCGUAGGAAAGCGGAGUUCCAAAGAUCUUUACCUUGGUGUGUCUACAGCACAGGUGACUGGAAAUCCGAAGGGGACCAGUGUAGGAAAGGAGGCAGCACCUUCACAGGUGCGUCCACGGGAACCAAUGAGUGUCCUGAUGAUGGCUAACAGAGAGGUGGUGAAUACAGAGCUGGGGUCCUACCACGAUAGUGCGGAAAACGAAGACUGCUCGCAGCCCAUGGACGACAUCCAGGUAAACAUGAUGACGCUGGCAGAACACAUCAUUGAAGCCACGCCAGACCGAAUCAAGCAGGAGAGUUUCGUGCCCAUGGAGUCCUCAACCCUGGAGAAAACAGAUACGGCCACUAUUAGCGGUACAAUGAGCUGGCUGGCCAGUUACCUGGCCGAUGUCGACCAUCUGCCAAGUGCCGUCCAGAUCAGGAGCGCGUACAACGAGCCUCUGACCCCUUCUUCCAAUACCAGCUUGAGCCCCGGAGGCUCUCCGGUCAGCGAGAUGGCUUUCGAGAGACCGAGCCUGCCCUCCGCGGCCGACUGGUCAGAGUUCCUGAGCGCGUCGACCAGUGAGAAGGUGGAGAAUGAGCUCGCUCAGCUAACCCUGUCUGACCACGAGCAGAGAGAGCUCUACGAAGCGGCCAGGCUCGUCCAGACGGCGUUCCGGAAAUACAAGGGCCGACCGUUGCGAGAACAGCAGGAAGUGGCUGCCGCCGUCAUUCAGCGCUGUUACCGAAAAUACAAGCAGCUGACAUGGAUAGCCUUGAAGUAUGCACUUUAUAAAAAGAUGACACAGGCUGCCAUCCUCAUCCAGAGCAAAUUCCGAAGUUACUACGAACAGAAGAAAUUCCAGCAGAGCCGGCGUGCGGCUGUGCUGAUCCAGAAGUAUUACCGGAGCUAUAAGAAAUGCGGCAAGCGACGGCAGGCUCGCCGGACGGCUGUGAUCGUCCAGCAGAAACUCAGGAGCAGUUUGCUAACCAAAAAGCAGGACCAAGCUGCUCGAAAAAUAAUGAGGUUUCUCCGACGCUGUCGUCACAGAGUGAAAGAAUUGAAAAAGGCCAAGGAACUUGAAGACAUACAGCGGCAUCCCUUAGCAAUGUGACAUUGCUUCUCAGACUGUUUUCAUUUCUGUUUUUAGCAGAGACAUGCAACAACACACGCACGCACACGCGCACACACACACACACACACACACACACACACACACAAUCCCUCUGCAGUUUUGGGGAGAUCAGCUGCAGGAUUUUAACAGGAAUGUUUGGGUCAUUGCAUUUUGCACCUCCAUGGACAACUUUUAAUUUAAUCAGCAAGACAGACAUCUUGGAACUCAGUCUUCUGUUGGAUCACGGGAAAACAAGACACCACGAGGAAGUGAAAGAGGCUUCCUCUUCUGGGGAAGAAGCCGUUUUCCUUCUCACAUAGGGCUGUAUUCAAACAUCGUGUGGAACUGUACAAUUAUUAUACCAAAAAUAUAGAUGAGAAAAGGUGGGGAUGCACUAGCAACAAAAGAGGAUCGUUCCUGCGCCUGUCAGUUAUUUCCAAGAAGCUGAAUCUUUGGGAUUCGUUCUCAGUGGAGGGCUUAGAUCAUACAAAACUUGACUGGGUCCGUGUGUUCUCAUUUCCUUCACGGUUUUUAUUUUAUUGAGUUUGUUUUUCUGUUUUAAUCUCUACAGCACACUUAAUGCAACUUUUAAAAUCUGCAGGUUUUUCAUGUGGAAAUUUGCAGAGGGGCAGGUGUGUGGUAAACGGGUAACGCAUGGGAAAUAAUGAGAAACAGCUUACAGAGUUUAAAUUUAUUUUCUUGUCCCCGCCACCUCCCAAGAGCCUGUGGGUAAUCGUUUUGUCCCGUUUCUCAUGUUCAGCACUUUAAUUUUUUGGCCUUACUUUCAUGUGCAAUGAGAAUUCGAGAAUUGGAAAAGCAUGUAGCUUUUUUUAGUAACCUUGGAAACUGUAGUCAUUCUAAGGAAUCAUGAACCUUGCCUGGACAUUUGCCACCUAAAAGAUCAGCGUGGUGCUGCGUUCUGGCCAGUAAAUUCCAUAUUUUUGGCUAUAUUUCAUCCAAACCGAGCAGUUUCUGUGUAUAUAGAGAAGGUAGAAAUGGAAAGUGAGAAAAUAUUUGAAAGGGAUUAUAUUAAUUGCUAAAUAUUUUAUUCACAAAGGUCAAUAACAUGGCAAGAUAAAAUUAUUUGUAUAGUUUUGUCUGAAUGAGCAAGAAAAUGUGGAUGUAUUGUUUGUAUAUAUUGUAUAUAUUAAAACAAAGAGAUAUGUGCAUGAAAUCAAGAAAAAAGAAAUGAACAAAAGCAAAGCAUUAGUGGCUAUGGUCUGUAAAAUGAAACAAAAAAAAACUUUAUUUCACUAUAAGAGUACUUUAUUUUAAAUGUUCUUUAGAAGAACAUUUUGCUAAAGCAUGACUAAACUGCAAAAAAUAAAAAUUAAAAAAAGAGCUACUGUAUUUAGACUUAGGAAAAAAAGGCAGAGUAACAUUACUUAAAAAAAGGAUAUGUUUACAUUUAAUUUUGGCUACCAGGAGUUUAUUUUAUUUUAUUUAUAAUUUCUUUGCCAAUGGUGCCAAGUAAUGUGAAUGCUAAUAUUGCUUAAGAAAAUUAAGUUACUUUUGCUAAACAGAUAAUCAUAAGAUGAAUCAGUAUACAGCUUAAAACACCAUCCACUCGCUCCAACGAAGAACACUCUGAAGGAUCAAAACCUGACAAAAGAAAUAGUGUGAAAGGUAGGAAAAAAUGUCUCACGUUUUCAUAUCUCCUGCUGGAAAUCAGAAAAUGUAAUAAAAAUGACACAAAGAAUAACUAAAAAUUUAAGAGAUGCAAACCGGUCUUGUAGGGAUGUGAUGGUAUAUUACUAUUUCCACAUAAUGAGGAGCCAAAGAAAUCUGAUGCUUUUAAAAAUUAAACUACUCAUGUAAAUCGAGAGAAUAAAGUUCGCAUUCGCUGAUGCCAGUUUAAAAUUCCCAGGUUCAGUUUCAGGAUCGGUUGGCGGAAAGCGGAAAUAAUAGUUUUUUCUUGGUUCUGGCUGCCAACUGUAAGUUAAAACUCAAGGCUUGUUGUGAAGCCUAAAAAUAUUCACAAAUAAGCUUUUAAACUGGUGUCUUUAGAAGGAAAGUAGAUACUAAAAGAUUGUGGUAAAAACUGGGGUCAGUGCUCUUGGUGCCUUUUCUAUAAUUGUACUUGUUUUUUAAUUACUUCCUUUCACUGCCAACCUCAAAUUACUGUACAGUAUAUGUCUUACUGCUUGUGAUCAGCUUUGACGACAGCGACAGCCCCACAGCUAGUAGCCACCUGUACAUUUGUAAACUGAGCUGACUCACUUUUGUUUUUAAAUGUGUGGGUUAUGUUGCAGCUGUUGAAGUCUCCCAAAUACCUAUUAUUUGACACAAUUGACCUGUAGGAGGACACUGAGUAAUUUACAAACACACAAUUGCAUUCAUAAGUGGGAACAGAAUGUGAAAGCCAGCUCUCUCGGAAUGUCCUGUGUUAAUACUGAGUUUAGGUAUGUUUACGCCAUUAAUUCUGGUACAAAUAACUGAGCUUUUGACAAGAGUAAUGACCUCAGUGGAUUUGCUUUAAUCCUCACAUUUGUUUCGUUUUCUUAAUGUUUCACAUGCCACAUUAUUAGCUGAGUAAGUUAGAAAUUUCUGGAAGAUACAUAGAAUUAGGAGGGUUCUUAUGGAGGAGGUAGGAAGUAGGUUCAAAACCUAGCAGUGUAACCUACCAGUGCAACUGUGAAUCCUAGGUGAGGUACACAUACACUCCCACUGAAACGAAGCAUUUCUGACCGCUUUUUCUUGGUUGUGAAUCUUAAGUUUUUGAAUAUAAGAUGAUAGGUAAGCGCAGCUUUCUUGGAUAAUCUGAAUUCCCAAGUGCCAGGAGUAGGAUUUCAUUAUAAAAUUAAUAGCUAAUCUUAUUCUGUCUCCUGAAGAUUUAAUUGCUAUUCUUGUUACCCAUUUGAAAUCAGCUGUACUGUGUGAACGAAAUAAAGACACUAACUCGAACCCCUCUCUGGCUGCACGGUCGCUUAUGGCAGUUCCACACAGUAGUUGGCGCCCAACGGGGGGUCCCUGAGACUUGCAUGUAAAACUAGUCUAGAUGUCUUCUUUUUUGUAAGUUUUAUUUUUGUAAUUGUGCAUGUAAAGCAUCAUUGAAUCAAUGGGUCUGUUGAAGAACUCAGCUGCUGGAAACCAUGCAAAAUGUUUUGAAUUGCCCUUAAAAUAUGGAAAAUGUUUUCUGAAUGCUUUAUAUUCUUUCUGCUGUAAAUUAAAAAUGAAGAAAAUUUCCCCA